AUGUCCGCAAACAAUACGACACCGGGCAGUGACGCGCUCUUGGAUAAGUGGCACGGUCAGUUGGUUCCAUGGUCCUACGAAGGCGGCUUCAUCGCCUUGAGCUUCGUCGUCAGUCUCAUCGGCGCUGCGACGACACUGGAGCUCAUCCAGCGACGCACCGCGCAGACUGGAAAGCUCAACAAUGUGCUCCUCGUCGGCGCGGCAAUAUCGAUGGGUGGUGUCGCCAUCUGGUCAAUGCACUAUGUUGGCAAUCGAUCAAUCAUCAUAGCCGACGGGGAGAGUCAGCUUCAGAUCUCCUACUCGAGCAGCUUCACGGUGCUCUCGUUGUUCGUCCCCAUCUUCGUCUUGCUGGCAGCCUUUGUCGCAACCGGAACAAAGGAUCGCGUUUCGUGGUGGCGAAUCGGCAUUGGUGGUACGCUCGCUGGCCUGGCCAUCUGUGGUAUGCAUUAUCUGGGAAACGCGAGCAUCUCCAACUACUCGUGCGAAUAUGAUCUCGGAAAUGUCAUCGCAGCAGGUAUUAUCGCUGUCGUCGCCAGCAGUAUCGCCCUGGCUAUCUUUUUCGUGUUUCGGGCCACCUGGACGAGUGCGUGGUGGAAACGCACCAUUUCCGAGAUUAUCUUGGCUGGUGCCGUGUCGGGAAUGCAUUGGUGUGCGUCGGGCGGUACUCACUACCGCCUGAUAGCCUUGAGAGACAGCAGCAAUGGCGAGUUGGACCGCAACACUACCGUCAUAAUAGUCAUCUGUCUUGCGGUGGGUGCCAGUAUCUUGAUGGGAGCCAUGGCGAUAUAUUUGGCAUACAUCAUGAAGCGGUAUGCAAGUCGCGCUCAGAAGAUUCAGCUUGCGGCUGCUAUUUUUGACGACCAAGGGCGGGUACUGGUGAAUCGUGACGGACUUUUGCCCUGCGAAAAGAUCACCGACUCAUUUUUCGAGAAGACCCCACGGGAUGCGCUCAGCAACGCGCACCCGUUGUUUCACUGGAUGUACCAAGUAUCGAGAAACUGGCCUUGCGUCGCUCCUCUGAUGGAAGGAAUGUCGGCCCACCUUGCUCAGCUCUCCCGAGAUGGCACGGCCAAGGGAGGCAUCCAACUGGUGACUGGACAGCACGAACCCGUUCCAGAUUACGACAACAUCGUUCGCGAACUGUUUUGUGUGACGGCUGCGACUUUGGCCGCCCGACUCAAGAUCAACCUGGAGGAUCUAGGUGUGCUGUGGGAUGAGAUAUUAAACACUGGGGGCGCGCCAUUGGGUCCUCCAAAGAACGACAGCCUUGGCCUUCGCGACGACGCUACAAGAAACCCGGCUGAUGUAGGUCUCGCCGAGAAAGGUUUCAGGUUUCGGGUCGAAGUCGGUCACGAUGCGCCGCGGGGCUCACUACUUUUCCUGGUUCGGAAAAUACAGUCGAACAGCGACAUGGAAGCGCUAGAGGCUGCUGGGUUUAGAUUUGCAGAGCUGCACCAAGUCAGCAACAACAUCAGUACCAAGAUGCAAAUCAGGACGCGAGAGCUCGAGGUCAAGCUGCGGCACAUGGCCCUGCAAACGGAGCAAAACACAAUGCUGGAGCCUGGGGUGCAUCUCGGGCUUUUUGGGAUCCGGUCGCAGUCAGGAGUUGUCGAGUUCGACGUCAUGGCUAGGAAAGGAGCUACCAAUCUUCUCCCAUCCGUGGUCAUGGAAGGGGUUGAGAGCUUGGAGGAGUCGGAGAAGGUGUUCCUGGCACAGCUGGACCGCAUGAGCAUCAACGCCAUGUUGCACGUUCUCAGGAACGGCGGUAUCCCGGCGGCUCAGGACACGUCGGCCUUUGCAGAGAAGUUGGCAGAUGCACUCCGGACACUGCGAGGCUGGAUCGACGACCCCGUGUUGGCCGAGGCGAUGGUCACGUCAAAAGUCGUCGAGGUUCCCUCAAGUCCACUACCCGGGACGAACAUAGCGAGAACCGCCACCAUGAUCGCGCUUCGUAUCGUGAUACCUACCUCUCACAAGCUCUCUGACCACAGCAGGUGCGAACUGAUUCCUCUGGGUCUCUUCAGGGUGCAGCAGAUAUCAUACAAGGGCUCGCCCCACCAAGCGGCCUUUGCUCAGAGCGUGCGCCUCCAGAUCGCGCCCCUGAUCGAACACCUGAUAGCGCAAGAGAACAACCGAUUGAAGCAGUCAAACCGCAACAAAUACACAAAGCUAGAGUCGCCCAGGAAAGACGAUCAAUCCGAGAUGGCUAUUGAGAUAACAGCUCCAGGCAAUAGUCGCCCAGCGACACCGAACAAGCCGGAAAAGAAGCUAAACAUGUGGACGCACUGGCGUAAAGUAGAAACCGCAUCCCGAGAUGUCGAGCGCGGCGAAAGUGUUCCGGAGAGGGUGUCUUCGGUGUCUUCCUCUGGGAUGACAUCGAAAAGGUCGAAUUCGUCAUUGAGCUUAUGGCGCGGUGCCGGCGACCGAUCGAACAGUAUCGGAGACAUCAGGGCCACAUCGUCGCACGGUUUAGUCGGGGAGACGAACGGGGCAGUGACUGGGGUCACAGCUCUUAGCUUGCCCACAUGUGGGAAAUGCGGGCGGCACGGGGGCGCCCCGGUCUCCCUCCAAGGUGAUGAUGAUCGGUUGGCCAGGCGAAGCUGUUGCUCCGUGGCGGCAGCACGAGCGGCGGCAGCAGCAUCCGCAACAGCGCCACCCAAUAAUAGCAACGGCAACGGCAGCAGCAGCAAAUCGCACGGAGACGUGGUGGAGAUGACGCCUCUCGCGUCCCCACGGAGUGGACACACAAGAGGCGACAGUGGAGGAGCGUCGAGUUUGACCAGUAAUGGGGGGAGUGUGGACGACGGGUCAGAGUUCCACGGGUCAAAUGGGUCGACUGUUGAGGCUGCAAGGGAUAUAAGAACUUUUGUUGACGUACUAUUCACGAUGCGGAAGUAUUGA